AUGCAUUUGCCGUACGAGUCCCGAGGCCGUCGGCGGCGUGAGAUGGCUGAGCUGGAACCUUGGUGGCUGCAGUCCAUCGUCGAUGAGACUCUUGCCGAGUAUCCUGAUCUAGUAAGAACGGGCAGUCCAGACUACAUGUGCUCAAUGCUGCCUCAACACUGGCGGUCGAACAAAACCCUACCGGGAGGAUUCAAAGUGGUAGCCCUAGGAGAAGUCCUCGACGGAACCCUAGUCACUGUCAGGGCUGGCAAUGACGAGAACUGCUCCGCGGAACUUAGAAAUAACUCUGCGGUGAUGAAGAAUAGGGUUGCCAAGUUUAAUGACUUGAGGUUCGUCGGAAGAAGCGGGAGAGGGAAGAGCUUCUCGUUAACAAUAACAAUAUCAACGAACCCACCUCAAGUCUGCACCUACCAAAAAGCCAUCAAAGUCACUGUCGAUGGACCUCGGGAGCCACGCUCCAAAACUAGUACAAAUGCUUCGCCGCACCAAAUCAGGUCCUUUGGCCUGCAGCGGUCCCUGAUCACGUGUGACAGCGCAUCCCUAGCUCUUCGAGAGAUGGACUACAAGACCUCCUCCGUGAGGAGUCUCCGGUCCCUCUCCCAUGAGGAACGAGAGUACAAGACUAACGCCAACCUACCCGCUGGAGGUAUGUACCCUGAUGAAUCCAGCGGAAAUAUCCUGGGAGCAAGCGAGUGGAAUACGGGGUACCCUUCGACGGCUUCCAUGUACCCUGCGUACGCGCCGCUACAACCACCUUAUUAUAAAUCAGACCCCACUAUACAUAUACCUGCAGUGUUACCUGAAAUCCCGAUUGGCCACACAGAGUACACUGGCUUCCAACCAACCACGACAGGUUUCGUGAAGGGCAGCCCAAGCAGCACAGGAGCUGCGCUUACCGAGCUCAACUCACCUCCAGCACUACCGACGCAGCGAUACGACGCCAACUACUACAACUCCUGGCCAAACAACACCUAUAAUUACAAUAACUAUCAAUACAAUAGCAUAAACAAUAAUCCAACCUGCAUACAAUCACACGCGCCGUACAACCCGCAGAUGAUCCUUCCGAACCUUUACUCAACAGUCAACCAAAACCAAAUACAUGUCCAUCUACACAGUUCUGGCGAUAAACACAACAUAGAACAAUGUUUUCCCAGCGAAAUUAAAAUCAGCGAUAUCGAUGGAGGCAUCUCUAUAACCACGGAGCUACAGGGAACUGGCGAGGCUAGUGGUAUGGUUCAAAGCUGUGAUGGCAACGACGAAGUUAAACAUGGCCUCUAUGGUGCGGGAAACCAAGAAGUUUGGAGACCAUAUUGA